CCAGCAGUCUCCGGACCAGGCACGUAGGACAUUAUGGGUUUCGCCCAAAAGUUCACGCCCAAGAUGGGCGCCGUGGCCAAGAGCAAGGCCGACGUCGAGGUUGCUCAGGCCGAGGCGCCUCAUCUCAAGAGGGUCGACUGGAAGUCGGAUGCUGGUCUGCGCAAGCUCUACUUCUACGCCUUCUUCAUCUGUAUCGCGUCCGCGACCACGGGUUACGAUGGUUCCAUGUUGAACAACUUGCGUAUUCUCCCCAUCUGGACCAAAUACUUCAACGACCCCAAGGGCGACACUCUCGGUCUUCUUACGGCUCUCUACUCCAUCGGUUCCAUUGCUUCACUGCCAAUUGCUCCCUUUAUUGCUGACCGCUUCGGACGUCGCGUGUGCAUCACCCUUGGAUGCAUCAUCAUGAUUGUCGCCGCCGCCAUCCAGGGUGCCGCUAAGAACCUCGACUACUUUAUGGGUGGACGUUUCCUUAUGGGUUUCGGUAACUCUCUGGCCCAGCUUUCUUCGCCUCUGCUUCUCACCGAGCUUUGCCACCCGCAGCACCGUGCCCGUGUCACGGCCGUCUACAACUGCCUGUGGAACGUCGGUGCCAUCAUCUGCACCUGGCUGACUUUUGGUACCAAGCGCAUCAACAACGACUGGUGCUGGCGUGUUCCCGCUCUUACCCAGGCUGCCCCAUCCAUCAUCCAGCUGGCUGCCAUCUGGUUCAUUCCCGAGUCUCCACGUUGGUUGAUUUCCAAGGAGAGGAACGAGGAGGCCCUCAACAUCCUCGCCAAGUACCACGCCAACGGUGAUGCCAACAACACCACCGUGCAGUUCGAGUAUGCCGAGAUCAAGGAGACGAUCCGCCUCGAGUUCCAGUACCAGAAGUCUUCCAGCUACCUCGAUUUCCUCAAGACCAAGGGCAACAGGUACAGGCUCAUGCUUCUCGCAUCUCUCGGUCUCUUCUCGCAGUGGUCUGGUAACGGUCUCGUGUCCUACUACGCCACGGACGUCUACGACUCCAUUGGCAUUACCGACGCCGACACCCAGCUUGGUCUCAACGGCGGUCUUACCAUUCUCUCGCUCAUCGUCUCCGUUUCUUGCGCCCUGCUCGUUGACCGUGUCGGUCGCCGCCCGCUCUUCAUCUCUGCCACUGCAGCCAUGUGCGUUACCUUCAUCGUCUGGACCAUCGCUUCGUCGCAGCAGGAGGCUACCAAGAGCAAGGCUGCUGGUCAGGCCGUCAUUGCCAUGAUUUGGAUCUUCUCCGUUGCCUACGCCUUGGCUUGGUCAGGUCUGCUCGUCGCCUACACUGUCGAGAUCUUGCCCUUCAAGAUUCGUGCCAAGGGUCUCAUGAUUAUGAACUUCUUCAUCCAAGUUGCUCUGACUGUCAACCAAUACCUUAACCCCUUGGGUUUCGACCACCUCAAGCCCACCUGGAAGUUCUACACCAUCUACGCUUGCUGGAUCUGUCUUGAGCUCAUCUUUGUCACCGUCUUCUACGUCGAGACCCGCGGACCCACGCUCGAGGAGGUCGCCAAGAUCUUUGACGGCGAGGAUGCUGAGGUUGCCCACGUCGACUUGGACAAGGUCGAGGAGAACAUCUUGCACAGCACCUACGAGAAGGACAACAACGUCCGCGUCGAGCAGGUCAGGACCUCAUCCUAAAUGCAGCCUUGAUUGGUUGUGUAUUCAUGUCUUAAUGCUCCUAAUGGGGGACGAGAUGUGAGUUGUUGUUAGUUUUGCGAUAUCCCAAGCGAGCGCAUUUCGCUCGCUAAUCCCAAUAAUGAAAUGUG